AUAAAAAAGACAACUCAUCAAUUAUCCGCCCCGCUUAGUUUGUUGUACUUCGCUCUUGCGUUGCACUGUCGUUGA